AAAGCACUGAGCCGGCCUGGGCUGUAGGAGGGAAUCAUCGGCRGAGCGCAGAGCCAAAGGAACUGGAGAUUUGGGGGUGAUGUGGAAACCACAGAGAAUGGGAAGCAAACUCUCCUGUCUCCUCUUACUGCUGGGAGUAUUCAGCACCGCUCAGUGCCAGGGCUUCCGCACGCGGUUCAAACGGGGAGCCAGGUCUCGAGCCACUUGCACAGACCACUCAUCUGGAGAGAUUUUCCAGCACRGGGGCACCUGGCUGAGGCUCUCGGGGAGCAGAAUAGAAUAUUGUAGGUGUGACAGCGGUUGGAGUCGCUGCCACAGCGUGCCCAUCAGAGAGUGUCCUAGGAAUAAAUGCUUCAAUGGAGGACAGUGUUCACAGGCCUAUUACUCCCCCCAGCUCUUCAUCUGCCAGUGCCGCCGAGGCUUCUCAGGGAAGCAGUGUGAAACAGACACCGAAGUGAAGUGCUACCAAGACGCUGGAGUAACGUACAGGGGCACAUGGAGCACGACCAAGAGCGGGGCUCAAUGCCUAAACUGGAACAUGAACGGAUUGAGGGAGUGGAAGUUCAGCGGCCAAAGAGAGGACGCUGCAGAGCUGGGCCUGGGCAACCACAACUACUGCAGAAAUCCAGAUGAGGACGCCAAACCUUGGUGCUACGUCUACAAAGGGGGAAAGUACAGCUGGGAAUAUUGCACUGUGCCCUCCUGUUCCAAAGUUGGGAACAUCAACUGCAAAGCUGGAAGAGGCACGGAUUACAGAGGCAGCCACAGCGUCACCAGCUCUGGAGCUACCUGUUUGAGGUGGAAUUCUCGAAUCCUUGCCAAUAAAUUGUACACUGCUUGGAGGAGAGAUGCCUACCAGCUGGGCCUUGGUAGUCACAAUUUCUGUCGGAAUCCUGACAAUGACAGCAAGCCUUGGUGCCACGUGCUGAAAGGGAACCAGCUCACCUGGGAGUUCUGCAACGUGCCUACUUGCUCCACCUGCGGCUUGAGGGAGCGCAGCGCCCGCCGGUACCGGCUCCGAGGCGGCUCCCGCGCCGACAUCRCCGCUCACCCCUGGCAGGCGGCCGUGCUGGCGCGGAACCGCCGCGCGCCCGGCGAGCGCUUCCUCUGCGGGGGAAUCCUCGUCGGCUCCUGCUGGGUUUUGUCGGCCGCUCACUGCUUUGAGGAAGGCUUCAGUGCAAGUCAGCUGAAGAUUGUGCUGGGCAGGAAUUCUCGAGCAACUCCUGAGGAGAACGAACAAAAAUUUGAAGUGAAGAGAUACACCAAGCACCCAAAAUUUGACUCGGAAAACUUGGACAAUGAUAUCGCUCUGCUGCAGCUGAAGUCGGACUCGGAGCAAUGCGCUGUCGAGACGAAUAUCGUGCGGGCCGCCUGCCUGCCCACGCCGGACCUGCAGCUGCCCGACUGGACCGAAUGCGAGAUCUCUGGUUAUGGCAAAGAUGAGGAAUUUUCUCCCUUUUACUCAGAGCACUUGAAGGAGGGUCACGUCAGACUGUUCCCAGCCGGGCGCUGCACGACGCAGCAUCUAGACAACCGGACAGUUACGGACAACAUGUUGUGCGCCGGAGACACGAGGAACCUGGAUGAUGCCUGCAAGGGUGACUCCGGAGGGCCGCUGGUCUGCAUGAAGGACGAGCGCAUGUUUGCCAUCGGCAUCAUCAGCUGGGGAAUCGGCUGCGGCCGCAAGGACGUGCCCGGCGUUUACACCAACGUGAGCCGUUACCUCGACUGGAUUCAGGACAACAUGAAACCCUGAGGACGACGCACGGACUUGCCCGAGCCUCCUGGCCGCGUGUCCCCAUGGAGCCCUUUGGGGAGUUCUUCUCCUCUGCCUCUCCGGAGCAGACGGGGCAAGACUUGAACAGCGUGAAGUGUGUUUGGAGCACACACAGGCAUGGGUCUUCCAGAACGUGGCCCUAAGGCAGAAAUGGUCUUAUUUCCCGAAGAAUUGGUUAUUAUUUAAAUUAAUUUUCCCCAAAUCCUCUCUAGCUUGGGCUGUUCCCAUCUGGGUCUCACAGCAAAAGGACCAUACUUUUCUACUAUCCAUUUCAUAAACAUACUGCAAGGCCACUUUUGUGGGGGGGAAAAAAGGGGUUUUAUGUAUUUAUUUACAUUGAAAGAUUUUAUACUACACAGAUAUUUGAAGUUUUCUGUGCUUGUUGUUUGGUUUUCUUUUCCUUCUUGUUUGAAGAGUAAAACUUCUACCACUGCAAGAACUGACAAGCCUAAACUUGUCCACCCAAACAUAAAAAUAAAUCUACACUUUAGAUYUGUAGUUUUCUUAAUACAUCACUGGAUUUGUUAAUAAAAGUGUCAUUUCCUCUUUGGCUGUAAAUAUGGAAGAUGUUCCAAUCUGGAUCAAACUUGGUGCUAAGCCGUUCUACUUUGGUUAUUAUCUACAGGGCAGAACAAAUGGCCAGGGCCAUGAGAGCAGGCUCAGGCCUGCUAGAUUAACAUGCACAACUAAAGAUCAAGGCGAAUUAUACUCAGCUGGAUUUAUCCU